AUGUACAAAGUCUGCAGGAAAAAAAUCACAGAAGACAACAACAGAAUGGCUGCCAGUGAAUCACCAUCUGAAAUGGACUGCACCUGUCCUGUGUGCUGUGACAUAUUUAAGGAUCCUGUAGUCUUGUUGUGCGGUCACAGCUUUUGUAAGUACUGUCUUCAGGAGUGGUGGAGACAGAGUACCCUCCAGACAUGCCCAGUUUGUAAGGAAAUAUUUCCAAUGGUUCAGCCUCCACGUAAUCUGGCACUGAGAAAUCUCUCUGACACCUUGAGACAAGAGAGGAGUCAGAGAGGUUCAUCAGGUUCUAAAGAAGUCUGCAAACUGCACGGUGAGAAAUUCAAACUCUUCUGUCAGGAUGAUCAAGAACUCAUCUGUGUGAUUUGUAAGGAUGCAAAAAAACAUAAGCAACAUAACUGUGUCCCCAUCAAUGAAGCAGCAGAAGACCACAGGACCAAACUGAAGGUAAAGCUGAUGCAUUUAAAAACCAAACGGGGGUCAUUCGAAAAAGAAAAAGCCAAGUGUGAUAAAAUGGCCAGCCACAUCACGCUCCAGGCCCAACAGACUGAGAAGGGGAUAACAGAGGAGUUUCAAAAGCUGUACCAGUUUCUGAGGGCAGAAGAGACUGCAAGGAUUGAUGCUGUGAGGAAAGAGGCGACGCUCAAGAGUGAAGCAAUGAAGAUCAGGAUUGUGAAUCUGACUGCAGAGAUCUCCUCACUCUCUGACAAUAUCAAAACCAUGGAGGGAGAAAUAAAAGCUGAAGAAAUCCCAUUCAUGCUGAAUGUCAAAUCCUCUAUGGAGCGGUCCCAAUGCAACCUGCCAGGAGCACAGACUCCAUCAGGAGCCCUUAUCGAUGAGGCCAAACACCUGGGGAACCUGCUGUUCACAGUCUGGAGGAAGAUGAAAGAAAUAAUCCAGUACAGCUCCUGUAACUCUGGACCCCAACUCCGGCGACCCAUUAUUGACUGUAUCAGAAAACAUGACCGGUUCAACAGUAAGAGACCAGAGUCAGCUGCUCCCUCAAAACCCUGAAAGGCUAGGCAAUUGGGGUAUUCUUGGCUCUGAGUGCUUUAGCUCUGGGAAACACAGCUGGGAUGUAGAGGUAGACAAGGACUAUGAUGAAGAGGUCAAUGACUGGAAUUGGUAUGUUGGUGUGGCUACUAGACCCAAGCAUGGAACCUCUGAAAAGAUCUGGGGCAUCAAAACGUGCAUGUGUGAAGUGUUAUAUGAACAUACCCCAGAGGAUGAUGCAAAAACUGUACGUACACACUUCCGUUUUUUCCACAGAAGGUGAGAGUGCAGCUAGAUUAUGACCUAGGAGUACUAUCAUUUAUUGACCAGGAUACGAAAACACGUGUGCACACUAUCAAACGCACUUUCACA